UGUAACGAACUUCACUUUAUAUUAAAUUUCCACAAUAAUCCACGCUACUGCCUUCACUGUUCACAUAUGCGCUGUAUGCGAGGCCAAACGUUGUUGCGUAUAUUGUUUGUCACCGUUGUCGAGACGGAGGAGCCGCGGCCCGACGCCUCCGACCUUGCGUUGUCAUCGAUCCACCACCACCACCAUUCCAGCACUUUGCCUAGAAGACGACAUCAUCGCCAAAUCUCAAACAUGACAGCAAUGCCUGUGCCCGCUCAUUCGCCUCCCGACCUAUCCAAAUCCCUCCCUAAGCUCACACCCCGCAAACGAGGCCCCGUUCAACGCGAACCGCCCACUGCCCCUCCUCCGCCAACUCCCCCGCUCCCCUCGCCGCCAGACCUCCAAAACCACUCGUACAUCCGGCCGUCGCGACGCAUUCUUAGCCCAAGCGACCAUGCCCUUUUUCUCAAGAGUCCGACCUGCACGCUCGUCACUUCCUUCAUCUUCAACAUUUCCGAUAGCGUGAGGGACAAACCGCGAUCCAGCGUAGCCAAAGAGAACUUACCCUCAAUCAUCACCAAGAUCCUCCACAUUCUCGAGCAAGCCGAGCAAAUCCUACUCCAAUGCCCCCCAGAAGACACAGGCUCGCGCUUCGGAAAUCCUGUAUUCAGAACGUUCCUCGAUCAGAUCGGCACUGCGCUGCCCUCAUGGCAUACAUCUGGCCUUGGCCUCACCUCCGCCGCCCAAAUCGAAGAACUCUCCACAUACCUCCACCAUGCCUUCGGCAAUCGAUCACGCAUAGACUAUGGCUCAGGUCACGAACUCAACUUUUUUCUCUGGCUCCUCUGCCUUAACCGCCUCUCCCUCGUCCCUACAUCGGCAUUCCCCGCCCUCGCCCUCGUCGUGCUUCCUGCGUACCUCACCCUUAUGCGCAAGAUUCAGGCGAGCUACUACCUCGAGCCUGCGGGUUCCCAUGGCGUCUGGGGUCUCGACGAUUACCAGUUCCUACCGUUCCUGUUCGGCGCCAGCCAGCUACUACAUCACCCCUACAUCACGCCAAAGGCGGUCCACAAUACACUCACACUUGAGGAGGAGAGCCCGCAGUUCUUGUACCUUGAUCAAGUGGCGUUUGUCAAUAGCGUCAAGAACGUCGAUGGUCUGCGGUGGCACUCCCCUAUGCUCGACGACAUCUCGGCCGCCAAGUCGUGGGCCAAGAUCGAGGCGGGCAUGCGCAAGAUGUUCGUCAAGGAGAUCUUGGAGAAGUUGCCCGUCAUGCAGCAUUUCUUGUUCGGUUCGUUGAUUCCAGCGCAGCCUGAGAUGAGUCAUGAAGAGGAUUUUGGGCUGGCUGAUGAGGAAAAUGAGGAGGAAGGAGGUGAGGUUCAGGUCUUUGACGACGAAGAGGGGAAGAGACAUGUUCAUGCUAGUGUGGGUUGGGGGGAUUGUUGCGGUAUACGGGUGCCUGCUGCUAUUGGGGCGGAGGCUGAGGAGAGGAAGAUGGGCGCUGGGAAGAGGUUGAGGAGAGUGCCUUUUGAUUAAUCUCUCUGACUGGACAGUCGAGAAAUUUGAUGAAGAAAGGAGGGUUGCCAAUGUGCUGUGUGGGUGACUUUUUUCCUCUCCUGGUUCUUGUUAUGAGUAUGGAAUAUGAGUUUAGAUUUAGACAUAAAAAUAGUGGACAGUAUUUUUACGGCGUCAGUGGAUCUUCCAUACCGAUCCGGUCAAGUCAACAGGUCGAUGCAAGAAAAGUCUACCGAUGU